AUGGAUAAGUCGAGGAACUUUCGAAUAGAUGCGCUGUUGUCAGAGAGCUCUCAGCGGAUGGUUCGCGAGGAUUCGCCGGGACUGUGCACCGACGGCGCUGACAUCGAGCCCGCGACCUGCAAACGGACAGAGAGCUCUCCUCCUCGCGCUUUUCACCUUCAGACAGGGGUCAUACCCAAACCGGGCAUGCUGAACAUUUCUCACCCAGGAUUAACGUUACUUUCCCAAGGGCCUAUGCCAGGAAUGUAUCCCUCACCUAUGUACUCCAUCACGGCACUUGGAGCGCAGCAUCCCACCUUCGCGUAUUCAGGUUUCGCGCAGCCGUACCCGGAGCACCUGAAAGCAGCAGCCGUGGCCGGUUCGUUCCCGUUAGAACACUGGCUCCGGGCUGGACUCAUAAUGCCUCGCCUCGCAGACUACAGCGGGGCACCUCAGUCUGGUUUAAUUGGAAAGUGCCGGAGACCACGCACAGCUUUCACCAGCCAGCAACUGCUAGAGCUGGAAAAUCAGUUCAAACUCAACAAGUACCUAUCACGACCCAAACGCUAUGAAGUGGCCACUUCUCUCAUGCUGACUGAGACACAGGUGAAGAUUUGGUUCCAGAAUCGACGGAUGAAGUGGAAACGCAGCCGUAAAGCUAAAGAGCAGGCUGCGCAGAUGGAAACAGAUGGCUGUAAGUCAGGCAAGCGAGAAAACAAGCCCAAAGACCUCAGUCGCUGCAGUGCACACGAUGACGAUGAGGAUCUGGACGAAGAGGAGGAAGAUGAAGAAGAAGAGGAAGAGUUCAGAAAAUCGAUUAACGCAGGUGUGGGUCUACCUCACCCAUCGGACUUCCUGCAGCACAGCUCCGCGCUGAGCUACAGCUCUCAUGGCUCUUACUCUGAUGACGACCUGGAAGAGAUCGGAGGAGACCGAAAGAUCAGACUCGGGUUAUGAAGAACUAAUGGCAGCUGCAGUCUGCAUGUCCAUGAACUGGACAGGUUUCA